CAUGGUAAACUAUGAGCAAAGACAGCGCGCUGGGUACAGUGGUAGGGGUUUUCCCUUCCGACUACACACUGAUUGCUGGACUUGCUGGUAUUUUAUUGGCUAUAUUCAUACAUAUUCAUAAACUUUUCUCAGCAGUUUCUAUUUCCAAUUUUUAACAUCACUAUUCAAUACCUAAUAAUCGUAAAUCUAUGAUGGUGAUGUUUGUUUCCUCUUCAAUUUCUAUACUCUGUUGUGAUCUUUUAGAUUUCAAUAUUCAAUAUUCCAGGAUAUGGAUCCCAGGUGGUGGGGUCCAGCUUCCAGAUGUGGGGUCCAGCUUCUGUUUUCCAGGUCUAUCAAUCUUUCAAUAGUGAUGUCCAGUUUCCCUUUUUCAAGAACCAUAAAUCAGCGAGCUGAAAUCCUUCUUCCAUAUCCAGGAUGUUUUCACCAUUCUGUGAGGAAGCUUUAAGAUCAUUCUUACUUCUUUCUUUUGUCUAAAGCCUUUUUACAUUCUAAAACUACAGUUUAAAAUUCUUUAAUACAAAGCAAGCUUCUAAAGUUAUAAUUCAAAGACUCAUUACAGAAUAGCUUGAGAUUUAUAAUAGGUAAUUGCAAGCAAAAGGUUUGUUCCAAAACCUCCUUCCACGCUUUCCUCGGUUGUUUAUUAGAACUCAUCUUUAUAACUGUCCCAUGGCCGUGUUCCACAAUUACAAUUACAGAGAUUCUCUUUAUUUACCUGACGCAAAACACAACUUUGUAUUUCACACCCAGAAGGGCUCAGCCACUGGCAACCGAAACCGGACAGUGCCAAAUCCCUCAGUAUCACAGCAUGGGACACCAACUACCUCUAUCCUCCUCCUCCCCGGAGUGCCAAAGCAGCAUCCAUUGCACAGACCCUGGGAGAACCAAGGCUCAACAUCAUCUUAGCCUGGACUGCCCCACCAGAGAUGGCAGCUCCUGCAGGUACAGGCAGGCAUGAGGGCAGGGAACGUGCUGCCCUGCUGCCCCUGCCUGAGGGAUUUAUCAGCACCAUGGUGCUUUAGGUUUUGCAUUUUCAGGACACUGUUUUGACAUCAACAUUGCCCAGUGAUGCCUGAGGAAUAUUCCCAGUUUCUACUGGUAGCAACAGCCCCCCACUCUAGAAGACUGUUCAGGAGCCAUUCCAGGGCAGGAGCCACAAGCUAAGGUAAAAGAAGGCAGCAGAAAACAAUGUCGGCCCCAAGUAUGGACAGGAGAAACCAGACAACUCUCAUUUUCUUCCUUGCCUCCACUCCUGAAGGAACCUGACAGGCUCCCCAGCACCUUUGCAGCCCUCCACAGCCAGUGGCUGUGAGCUGAACAUGGGUGGGUGGCAAGAAUCAUAAAAUCAUCAAGGUUGGAAGAGACCUUUAAGAUCAUCAAGCUCAACCAUCCACCCAGCACUACCACUGUAACCCCUAAACCCACUAAAUCAUCAUCCAGCACCAGAUCCAGAUGCCUUUUAAACACCUCCAGGGAUGGUGACUCCACUACCUCCCAAGGCAACCAAUUCCAGUGCCUGACCACCCUAACAGUGAAAAAGGUUUCAAAUAUCUUUUAUGAAUUUUCCAUGCCCCAGCUUAAAGCCUUUUCCUCUCAUUCUCUCACUGCAGGCAGGGCAGAAGAGACAGAUCCCCCCACCUCACUACAGCCUCCUUUCAGGGAGUUGUAAAGACCGAUGAGGUGCCCUCUGAACCUUAUAAACAAACCCAGCUCCCUCAGCCCUUCCUCACAAGACAUGCUUUCUAUAGACCUUUCACAAGCCUUGUUGCCCUUCUCUGGACACGCUCCAGCACCUCAAUGUCCUUCUUGUAGUCAGUGGCCCAGAACUGAACACAGCACUCCAGGUACAGGUGUACUCCAGGAGUACAGGGGGACAAUCUCUGCCCUGAUCCUGCUGGCCACACUUACUGACCCAGGCCAGGAUGCCACUGGCCUUCUUGGUCCCCUGGGCACAGGGCUGUUGUUCAGCCGGCUGUCAGCCCGCUCCCACAGGUCCCUUUCUGAUGGAAGAAGAAGGAACAGACGCGAUGCCGGAGCUAAGCGUGGGACAGCCGGGAGGAGCGGCGCACGAAGGGCCCAGCCAGCGGUGCGGAGUGUCCGGCGGCCGCGGGAUGGCGGCGGUGCCCCGCUGCCGUGGCCGCGACCGUGGCUGUGACCGGGGCCGGGGCGGAACCGCCGGGGAGGGGUUUCCCCGCCGCGGCUUAAGCGGCUGCCGUGGGUGGGCGACGCCGUGCCGCCAUGCCGCUGCUGCUUCUGCCGCUGCUGCUGACGGCGCUGGCGACGCCCGCCCCGGGCACGACGGCGGUGGCGGCAGCGGGGAACUGCGGGCCCUGCGAUCCGGCGCGGUGCCCGGCGCUGCCGGUGCGGGGCUGCCCGCUGGGCCAGGUGCGGGACGCCUGCGGCUGCUGCUGGCAGUGCGGGCGCGGCGAGGGCGAGGCGUGCGGCGGCGGCGGCGCUGCGGGGGGACGCUGCGCCCCCGGCCUGGAGUGCGUGAAGAGCCAGCAGCGCCGCAAGUCGAAGGGCGGCUCGGCUCCCCCCGCCGCCGGCCCGCCCGGCGUGUGCCUCUGCAAGAGCCGCUACCCGGUGUGCGGCAGCGACGGGCUCACCUACAGCAGCGGCUGCCAGCUCCGCGCCGCCAGCCUGCGCGCACAGAGCCGCGGCGAGCCCGCCAUCAGCCAGCGCAGCAAGGGAGCCUGCGAGCAAGGACCCUCCAUUGUGACUCCUAAGGACAUCUGGAAUGUGACAGGAGCCCAAAUCUACCUGAGCUGUGAAGUCAUUGGCAUCCCAACCCCUGUCCUCAUCUGGAAUAAGAUAAUUCGAAGACAGUAUGGUGUCCAGAGGAUGGAGCUUCUGCCUGGGGACCGUGAGAACUUGGCUAUCCAGACCUGUGGGGGCCCUGAGAAACACGAAAUGACUGGCUGGGUGCUGAUAUCUCCUCUGAGCAAAGAGGAUUCUGGGGAAUAUGAGUGCCAUGCAUCAAAUGCCAAAGGAGAGGCUACAGCUUCUGCGAAAAUCCACGUCGUGGAAAUUCUGCAUGAAAUAGCCCUGACCAAAAGUUGGUCGGGGAAAAUGUCUGGAACAAAAGCAACAGAUGAGAGAGCACACUGUAGGUAGGCCUGACCUUCUGGAUCAAACUUACAGGACUGUACAUCUUCCCUAAGAAACAUCCUUUUGCUGUCAAGUAACUGGAGAACAACCAUUUUUAGGUGAAUUAACACCUACUAGAUAGUGUUUAUCUUUACCAAAGGAAAAAAAAAAGCCCAAAGCAAACAACAAUCCCCACCAAAUUUUAAUUCAUAUUGCUCAGACAUGCAGUAUAGAAGACUAU